AUGGCAGAGGGAGAUAAUCACAGCACCAACCUGCUGGCUGCAGAGACUGCAAGUCUGGAAGAACAGCCGCAGGGAUGGGGAGAAGUGAUGCUGAUGGCUGAUAAAGUCCUCAGAUGCGAAAGAGCCUGGUUUCCACCUGCCAUCAUGGGUGUGGUUUCUUUGGUGUUUCUGACUAUCUACUAUCUAGAUCCAUCUGCUCUGUCCCGUGUUUCCUGUUUUGUUAUGUUUUUGUGCUUGGCUGACUACCUUGUUCCCAUUCUAGCUCCUAGAAUUUUUGGCUCCAGUAAAUGGACCACUGAGCAACAGCAAAGAUUCCAUGAAAUUUGUAGCAAUCUGGUAAAAACUCAACGCAGAGCUGUGGGCUGGUGGAAACGCCUCUUUAUACUAAAGGAAGAAAAGCCUAAAAUGUACUUCAUGACCAUGAUUGUUUCUCUUGCUGUGGUUCCUUGGGUGGGACAGCAAGUCCAAAACUGGCUGCUCACCUACCUGAUAGUGAUUUUCUGA